AUGGAUGGCUACCCUUUGGGAAGCCUCGAUCAUAACGUGCCGCUGCUCGUCGUGUCGGGCUUGAGCUCCAGCCACGACCAGCCUGAGCCGCCGCCCAAGGCCAAGGGCAAGGCCAAUGGCGAGGGGGUGCUGCUUCGAUCCGAUCUGCCGCCCCUCGAGGGGAAGGAGGCGAGCUUCUUGGAGUCGUUCUUUGAGAGGGUCAACGAGCGCGGCAAAUCAUGGACUGUGAUGACGAGGGAAGAGCCCUACCGCGUUCGUGUCAAGACCGUCGGCAGGACCUUUACGCUUCCACCUCGACGAGCGACGCUGCCGGAGACAAUCGAACCGCUGACGACGGCCCCCGUUCUGCACUCGCCCUUCUCGCCGCUCAGUCCGUCGUCUGCCCUGUACCCUGAUGGGUUGAUGAAUGCGGAGUGGAUCAGGAAGCAUCAGGAAGAGGUCCCGAGCGUCUUUAUAUGCUUUCAUACUCUGACGAGCGACCCCAAGACAGCGACGCUGCAGGACAAUCGACUCAAGGCUGACCUUAAUGGUAUAAGAGCAACCCUGUUGGAGUCGGGAUACAAGACGCGCCUCGUUGUCAUCAUUCUCGGCGAUCAAGAAGCAAGGGCUACCUUGACUGCUGAAGUCAUUCAAGACCGACUGGAGUACAUCCGAAGGGGGACGGGGCUGGAUCCUAAAUCGAUCUUCUACAUCCCGUCGCAGGACACGCAGGUCGAACUCAAGAGGGUAAUGGACAGCAUCCUCACUCUGCUGUACAACACGGCCAUUGAGUAUUAUCGUGAUCUCGGGAGGCAUGCGAGAAAAAAGCGAUCCCGGGGAGUUGUGCCCCAGCCAACGUUGCCGCCGACGUCUGGAACGUCGCAGACAUUGUCGCUGCCCGACUGGAACUUCCGCUACGAUUUCAAGUCUGCCAUCUUUGCCGAGUUUCGCCAGGAGAUUGAUGCCGCAGUUCGCUCCUUUGAGCAGGCGUAUGAGAUCCUGCUGGGACAAGAUGUGCUCGACAUCAUUCCCAGCUGGAGCCCUCGCUGGAACGAGGCGCGGCUUUUGGCAGACAUCAUCUCCAUACGCUGUUUGCGGCUGCAUCUCUGGAUGGGCCAGACCAGUUUGGCAGUGAGGAGAUGGCAAGCUCAUCGCGACCGCAUCGGCGACUUUGUCGACAGACGAGGACGAGGCACCAACAACUAUGGCUGGCAGGCCUGGGAAUCCCGAUGGGCAACGGUCAUGGCCAACUUGAUCGAGCUGGUACAGGUUCCCGGCUUGGGACCUAUGACGAUGACUAUCUACCUUCCGCCGGAGAAGGCUCUUUUCGGCGAGCGCCUACAGCCGUGGGAGCUGCUGCACCAUACUGGUUACUGGUAUCGAAUAGCUGCGCGCCAUCUCGGAGCGCGGAGAGCAUUGGCCCAUAGGAUACCCGACGAUGACAGGGGAGCGCCGGACGCUUCGCCCGCGUCGAGGGUGGCGAGCAAGGCCAUUCGAUACGAUACCUACAUGUGCCCCCCGCCUCACGAGGAAUAUCCACUGGACGGGACGGGAGUCAACCAUGCGCAGCUCAUUAUUGACUGCCUCCUCAACGCGAGGUCGCAGUUCCAAGCUCGGAAGCAGCACCGGAUUGCCGCGGAGAUAUCGCUGGAGUGUGCGAGAGAAAUGGCGACAAUGAAGUCCUGGAACGAGGUGCUCGCGAUGCUCAGGCCGCUGUGGGAAGACAAGUCGUUUCGCUCAGAGUGGUGGUUGGAUAUCUCUGAAGAUAUCCUCUGGGUGAUGAGACGAGCGGCAGCCGAAACUGGACGGGCGGAUAUCGUAGUCGCCAUUGACUGGGAGCUCAUGGAUAAAAGAUAUACUCGAAAGCAAAACUGGCACUACGACCUCGGCAAGUCUUUAGAUGGGGUGUCUUCAACAGUGAAGCCGUUUAUCACAAUCUCGGAUGACCUGGCCUCAUCCUUCGUUGCGGCAUCCUUUGCUUUCCGCUCAAAGGAGGGUCGAGCUGGUGAAACUUGCCUAGCCCAGCUGUCACUCAAGUCCGACGCGCAUCAAGUGGCUACUCCGGUCACCUUGGCCUCAAUCCGGAUCGAGUUUGAGGGCCACCUCAAGCCCAUCACAAUCGUUCACGACUCCUCUGCGCCAUCGACGAAUUCAUCGGGGGAAUCUCCCUCUGUGAGCGCCGUGUCUUUAACUGAGCGGCUUCCUGAAAGCAACGAGAAAGACGCCUACUUGACUGGCACAUGCGACCUGACGCUCAAGCCCGGCCACAGACGGGUAUUGGAGAUGGACAUUCCCUUGCGGGAGCCAGGCCAGGUGUCCGCAUCCCGGGUGAUUCUGACUUACAAGGCUGAUGCCUUUGAGCUGGAUUACACGCUGUCCCUGUCAGAGCUGGGUAAAGUUGGAGCGUGGUACGUCCAUGGCUUGGCGAAACCGCGAUUAUCGAGGCCCGACGGCCAUAUUCUACAGAUACAGCCACGACCUCCUAAGAUGAAGCUGGCACUGGUAGAGCCGAUGGACCAGUACUAUGCGAAUGAGCCGAUUCCCCUGCGAAUCAGCUUGCUCAAUGAAGAGCAUGAUGCGGCCAAUGUGAAGCUGGACGUUCGCAUCGUCGGAAAGACCAUUCCUCGGUUCCGAGUGGAGGCCGGUGAACACAAACGAGAAGUGGACGCUGCGGAAGAAGAGUCGCAAGUGACGGGGCUGACGCUCGGUCGCGUAGCCAGCUCGUCGUCGAUGGAAGUGUCAAUCCACCUCGACCCUGCACCAGCACCUACGGUGUACGACAUAGAGGUCCAAGCGGACUAUCACUUGGAAUCAGACGCGGCAACACCAAUUUUCCAAGUGCUGCCCGUUCAUCUGAACGUGGUGAAUGCGUUCGAAGCAAACUACGAUUUGAUGCCGCGACUGCAUCCUGAUGCCUGGCCAAGCCUGUUUGACUACGAGGAUGUGCAAGACCUGACUGAAGGCGAAGUGAUCCCGGCCAAGGGCCUUGCGCAACAAUGGUGUCUGGUCUGUCACUAUGCAUCAUUUGCUACAGAAGAGCUGGACGUGGUAGGGUUGGAUCUGCUGGUUACCGGCGUAACGCCUGGCGGACGAUGUCAAGUUGUGAACCAGCCCGAGUUCUCAGCAGACGGCAUGCCUGUCGCCCCACAGAAGAUGUACGAAGCUCGAUUCGAUCUCGUGGCGCAAAAGGCCACGCUGGACGAUAGACAUCCAGUCGCCAUAGAUCUGGCGUUUGCAGUCCGCUGGAGGCGACGACAACGACAACGACAACAACAGCCGACAGGCGGAGAGAGCGGCACGGUCAAUGUCACGACGAUGACGGUUGGGCAGUACAUGGUGCUGGGGACGGAGCCCAGGGUCCUGGCAUCGGUGCUUCACAGCUCGCCGGAGCAGGCUGGGCUGGUGCGACUGGACAUUACGAUUGAGAAUCCGUCGAGCCAUUUCCUGACGUUUGGGCUGGCGAUGGAGCCCAGCGACGCGUUUGCCUUUUCCGGGCCGAAGCAGACGACGAUGCAUCUGCUCCCCAUGUCGAGGCGGACCAAGACGUACCGGCUGCUGCCGCUGGUCCGGGGCGUCUUCAUCCGGCCGGGCCUGGUGGUGAGGGACAAGUACUUCCAGAAGGUGCUGCGGGUGAUUCCGACCGAGGGGAUGAAGAUUGACAAGGACGGGCUGCUGGUAUGGGUUCCUUUGGCGCCGGAGGGAUGAAAAGGCGAGGCCGUAUGACUCUCUAUUCUAGACUACUAGUAGAUGGAAGAAGGAAUAGUAAUGACAUUAUUGACGUCUU